AUGGAGUGUUUCCAACAAAUUUUCCGAUGCCUCAAGGCACCAUUCGUUCGCAACCAGGGAAAGAUCAUUGAGAUUGGACCUCCAACCAACUUCCGGAAAGAAGAACUUCCUGCGUGUUUCUCGGAUGCCGAGUCAGUCUUAUCGCCCAGCGAAAAUGCAACCGAGCGAGCCAAUCUGACCUCCCAGCCACAGUACGUUGACUUCUCAGAACAGCCGCGAAACAACGAUGGAGAAGGACGAGACGACAAUCGAGAUGACCGCUUGUCAGCCGUCUGUCAAGGAGAAGGUUCAAAGCCAUGUCAGAAGGAUGAGCGUCCGCCUCUCCAAGCCCGCCUCCGAGACCGCAUGAAAUGCUCUCGCUGGUUCAAGUCAACUCCAUCGACUGACUCUGAAAAUGAGGUUUUCGGUGAGGAUGGCUUGUUUACCACAGCGGAGGAUAAACCGAAGAAUGUUUAA